AUGGAAAUCAAGUUUCUGUUUGUGAUGUUUGUAUAUUAUGUGGGGGCGGUGUUUGGUGAAUCUGUAGAUUAUUCUCCUCCUGUAAGUAUACAAAAUAUGGAUGAAAGUAUACUAAGAUCGAGAGGAAGUAAUGAGAAUGAAAUGAAAAAUGAAGCAGGUGGAAUAACAACAUUGGAAUCAAAAAAUGAUGAAGUCGAUUCAUUUCAGUCAAAUAAAGCAAAUGAAAUUGAUAUAGAUCAAAUUUUUGCAAAUAAUUUGGAGUUGAAUAAUUUGUUAUUAGGUAUUAAAAAGGAUUCAACUCUGGAAUCCCCAACUCAUACAAAAGGAAGAAGAUUUCAAAAUGAAAUGGACUUUCAGAAAACAUUGGUCUUUCAAAUUGAAGAAAAUGAUCGCUUUGUUGAUUCAGAUAUAGAUAUUUUUGCAACUCUAACUUUACCUUUUUCAACAUUUGAAGGUCAUAAAAUUGAUUAUUUUAUCAUUUCAACUCCACCAUCAUAUACCUUACCAAAAGCUGGGAAAUUAUGUAAAUGUGUUAAACAUUUAGAAGAAAUUAGUCCAGAAAUAAUGAAACCUGUUCCAAUAUCAAUAAAAUGUACAACAGUUUCUGCAAAUGGGUCAAUUUACUUUGUAAUUCAAAAUAAAGAUGAAUCUGCACUCCCUGCUCCAGGUUAUUAUAGAUUUCAAUUAAAGGUAAGAACACCAGUGGAAACUCGAAAGGUUCAGAAUGAUCCCAAGAAUUUCUGGUGGUUAUCUAAAAUUCGCUUUUCGUCGGGCCACUAUAUAACAAAAGUACAUGAAAAUACACGUUUAUUACUUAAGGCUGAAUGCCAAUGGAGUCCAUGGAGAAGAGAAACUGGAUGCAGUUCAACUUGUGAUUCUGGGGUUGAAAUGUGGAGAAGAACUUUACUUUCAGGUAAAAAUGAGGAAUUAUGUGGUGGAGCUUAUCAGAAGAGAGAAUGUGGAGAUACACCAUGUAAUGUAAGUUGCCAAUUAGGUCCAUGGGAAGAAUUAGUUCCUUGUACUGUUAGUUGUAACGCUUCAAAAAAUGGAGGAAAAAGAAUUGAGUAUAGAAAAAUAUUAUUAACAAAUUCAGGUAACGGCCCAGAUUGUGAAAAGUUAUAUCCAUGGGAUAAAGAAAAACAAAUGGGAUGGAAUGAAUCUUUAGGUAUGGUAAUAAAAUACUCAGAAUGCCCGUUAGAAAUGAGACAAGAUUGUAAGAAGGAAUUUGGAUGUAGAGUUGAACGAGAAAAUUUAAGAACUAUAGCUUCAGAAUAUCCAUGGGGAUUUUGUCCAUUCCCAUGUGGUGGAUUUGGUAAUAUUACAAGUAUUGUACAAGUAGCAAAUGGAAUACCAAGAUGGAUUGGUGAGAAGUUAUAUCCAAAAACAUUUGAAUAUCCAUGCAUAAGUAAUAAGAAACCAAUUGUUGAGUAUAAACCAUGUAAUAAAAACCCAUGUGGUGAUUGUAUGGUCUAUCUAGAAGAUUCCGAGUUAAAUAAGACCACUAAUAUUUGGGUGUUUUUUCAUUUAUUCCAAGAAGCUGAUGAAAUUAGGUUUGUAUUACCUGAUGGUUUCACAUUUUUAAAAAGUAAUGACAAUGAAUUAAUCCAUAAUAUAGCACAUGAUAAAAAUUUAAAAUUUGAUAAUAAUACAAAAAUAAUAACAAGCAUUAAUAAAGCUAUUAAGGUCAAUCAAACUAAUUAUAUUGACAUUAUUAAACAGUCAUUUAAUCGUAUAAUAUUUGGUGAUGUUAGUCCAAGUACAGAUACAUCUGGAUCCAAAAACGAUGAAAAUAAUAAUAGUAAUAAUAAUAAUAUUAAUAAUAAUAUUAAUAAUAAUAAUAAUACUCAUAAUAUCACAAAGUGUCAGGUUACUGCUGCAUCUUUUGGUUCUAUUAAGACAUGUCAGUUAAUUAAUCAUCAUUCUAAAAGCAAUUAUAUGAUAGAGAAUUACAAAGAAGCUUUAGUUAUUCUAGAUAGUACUGUUCAACCUACAAGGUCUAUAUUUAGUGAGCAAUCUAAAAAUGAAAAACCAAAUUGGUUAUUUAUGCCUUUGAAAAUAGGUAAUGCAGAAGGUUUAGUAUUACCAAACGGAAGAUUAAAUAAUGAACAAUUUAGAUUAUAUGCACGCGGUUCAAACUCUUUAAAAGAGCCAGAAGAAUUAGUAUGUAACCUUCAAACUAAAGUAUUAUUACCACAGCCAUGCCGUGUAGAUUUGUUACCAAAAAAUGGAAAAGAUUGCAUAAAGUGCUCAAAAACUAAUGUUUUUAUUAUAGAAGCUUAUCGCCAAUUUACAUCUCCAAAAAAUGGAGGCGCAUGCACAGUUCCAUCAGAAUUAAGAGUUGAUGAAACUAUUAUAAAUGUUGAAUGUAUUAAUGCAUGUCCAAAUGGUAGAAGAUAUGUAAUGGGAACUGAUAAAUAUUUAAAGAAAAUUGGGAUAAAUUCAUAG